CCCUCUCUCCCUCUCUCUCCUGUAUCUCCUCCUCUCUCCCUCUCUCCCUCUCUCUCCUGUAUCUCCUCUCUCCCUCUCUCUCCAGUAUCUCCUCCUCUCUCCCUCUCUCUGUGUCUUCCUCUCCUCUCUAACCAACAUGGCCGCUAAGUCUGAUGGAGCAGUGGAUGGAGCAGCGGAUGGAGGAGCGGUGUGCGUGGAGGAUGCCAGCCCGCCCAGGAGGCUCUGUGAGGCGGCUCAUCCCUCCAGCCGGCCCCGGUACACGGUGCUGGACUGCUGCUGGGUUCUGUGCGCGCUGCUGGUCUUCUUCUCGGACGGAGCGACGGACCUGUGGCUGUCCGCAGACUACUACCUGAGAGGAGACUACUGGUGGUUCGGCUUGACGCUGGUCUUCGUCGUGGUGCCCUCCGCCGUCGUCCAGGUGUUGAGUUUCCGCUGGUUCGUGUACGACUACUCGGAUCUGAGCUGCGGGGAUGGAGGAGGAGGAGGAGGAGGAGGAGGAGGGUUCAGCACCAAGGACAGCGACCCGGUGGUUGCAGCUCCAGCGGGCAGCGGAGCGGCGGCUCCCCCGGUCUACACCUCCUCUGCCCCGCCUGCCACGGCAGCGAGGGUCGGGGCCCCCCGGAGGUGCUGCACCGUCUGCAUGUGGGUCUUUCAGACCGUGCUGCACGUCCUGCAGCUGGGGCAGGUCUGGAGGUACAUCCACGCCCUCUACCUGGGCGCCCAGAGCCGUUGGCACAGCAGCGGGCCCCUUCGCCACUUCCACUGGCGGCUGAUGUUUGAGAGCGCUGACAUCACCAUGCUGCGCCUCCUGGAGGCCUUCCUGAAGUCGGCGCCGCAGCUCGUCCUCCAGCUGAGCAUCAUGAUCCACGGAAACGCCGUCCUGCCUCUGCAAGGUCUCUCGGCCUCUGCCUCCCUGGUCUCUCUGGCCUGGAUGAUCGCCUCCUACCAGAAGGUUCUGCGGGACUCCCGCGACGACAAGCUGCCGAUGUCCUACAAGGCCGUGAUCACCCAGAUGCUGUGGCACUUCUUCACCAUCGGGGCGAGGACCGUGGCCUUCGCCCUCUUCGCCUCCGUCUUCCAGCUCUACUUCGGCAUCUUCAUCGUCAGCCACUGGUGCGUCAUGACCUUCUGGAUCAUCCAAGGUGAGACCGACUUCUGCAUGUCCAAGUGGGAGGAGAUCAUCUACAACAUGGUGGUGGGAAUCAUCUACAUCUUCUGCUGGUUCAACGUGAAGGAGGGCCCCAGCCGCUUCCGUAUGACCGUCUACUACUCGGUGACGCUGGCCGAGAACGUGGCGCUGACCGCCGCCUGGUACACCUACCGCGGCCCGCACACCUCCGACUCCUACGCCCUGGUGGUGGUGUGCCUGGUGGCCUGCAGCUUCGCCCUGGGAACCUUCUUCAUGUUGGUGUACUACUGCUGGCUGCAUCCCGACGGGCCUGUUCUGGGCUCGCAGUGGGGAGGGUGCGUGGACGAGGGCGCGGUGGGUGCGGGAGGAGUAGCUGGAGUGAUCGAUGCUUGCCUCACACCGUCCCAAGGGUCCCAAACAGACAUGGUGAUCACCAGCCCUCCGAGGACGCUCCCCAGGACUAAAGACACGGGGGAGCCGGUUCCCGGAGAGCGGGACAAGGACAGGGACAGGGACAGUUGCCUGCCCGUCUUCCAGGUGCGUCCCUCCCCUUCAUCCUCUCCUGCGCUCCUUCACAGGACCUCCUCCUCAUCUCGGGCACAGGAGGGCCCCGUGAUCCGGAUCGACCUCCCGAGGAAGCGAUACCCGGCCUGGGAUGCGCACUUUAUCGAUCGGCGCCUCCGCAAGACCAUUCUGCUCCUGGAGACCACGUCGACCGUCAGCCCCAGGAUACAGUACCGGAGUAGCAUGAUGGGCAGCAAAGAGGUCUUAGAGUACGAGACGACUGUCUAAGCCAACAGGGGCUCUUAAACUUGUGCGGUGCAUUCUGGGACCGAGGUCAGCCUGAGAUCAGUUCUCAUCCCAGGACUACCGACGCCAGGAGAAGCAUGGAAAGGAGUUUCAGGCAACUCUUUUUAAAAAAAAAUUUUAAAAAAGAGGUUGUCAAGACUUGAUUGUAAAAUGUGAAGCGCAAUCUGGGACCAAAGCUCUCCCCUUAGGGCGAAGUCCGGGAGUACGUAGCAUGAAUGAGCCGUGGGAAGUAAACGGAGUACCACUGAUACGGGAUCAUCUCCGUCUUUUCUAAAAGCUUGGAGGUGAGGAAUUUAAUCUCUCAUCCUGGGACCAAGGAGCGUUAGAUCUAGUUUCAUCCUGCAUGGUCAGAACAAGAAGUCAAAGGAUUCGGGAGCAAUGAGGUUGCGUUGAGUUUGAGAUAAUUGAGAAACCGUCUGCUGCAUGAACUUGAGCCUCGGACCCCGGAGACUCAACGGAGACUUACCGGGGAAAUACCAGAGUUUGUACGGGACAUGCAGUCGUUAGGCUCACUGGCUGAUAAAUAUCACAUCGAGGUUAAGUUAGAGAUAAUGUACAGCUAGCUGGUCAUUGUUGUGAAAGAAAUCCCGACAGAGCGAUGCUGCAACCCGACGCUCUUCAGGGCGAUGCUGCACGAUUUCUUUCGCAACAAUGACCCGCUAGCUGAACAUUAUCCCGCUUCUUACACAACUACUUACUGAAGACAUCAAUAAUCUGACACAAAAAGAACUGCACCCAUAGCAACGGUCUGUUAUACAUAGCAACGGUCUGUUAUACAUAGCAACGGUCUGUUAUACAUAGCGACGGUCUGUUAUACAUAGCGACGGUCUGUUA